AUGGCAUCAUCGGUCCAACAACAACAAAUAUUAUCGGUAAUUGAUGUAAGUGCUGAUCCAAUCCUUUGGACUGGCACUGAAUUUACACGGUCAACGUCGGCUGGAAACUUCCGUCUGUAUAAAGACGCAAGUGGUAUUUUUGGUAUCUGGGUGCCGAACUCGCCGGCUUUUUACUCAGAUGGUAUCCCGCCAAACAUAUCUGCUCCGGAUACUUUAUCUGGACAGAUGACUGUCGCUACCUCCCAUCGACCUGUGUUUUCUUCGGUAUCAUCAUCAUCUUCUAAACGCGGACGUCUGACGAGCUUGUCAAAAGCAGUCACACCCGUGGAAGCGAGCCCAGCCCCAGUACAGUGUCGUCAAAAUGAAACAGAAAGAUCUGCUGAUAAUCUAACACCAGAACAACGACGGGCGUUGGCAAACCGGAAACGACAUGACCGCCGAAAUCGCAUCGUAAUGGCAGCACAAGCGAAGAUUGUAGAGCUGCAGAAACAACUAGACGAGAAACAUCAAACUGUCUCGUCAAUUCCAGACGAAGACAGUAAGGAUGAUGAUGUCUUUUUGGCCUCACACCAUCAGCCAACAUCAUCCACACUAGUCGUCAGACUCCUCAAAACAGAGGAAAACGAUGUAGAAAAUUUGGCAAACGACAUGGAGCGUUUAGCCUAA